AAAAAAUUGCGGCGAGCCCCUCCACGACCUCGAAAAAAUACGUUCCACCCGACUAAUCAUCGCCAUAUCGUGCCCCUAUCUUUAACCACCACAUUCUCUCAAGAUGAGCGGGUUAAGAAAUGGAUCGGCGCCCGUGCGCUCUAUGGAGGACGACAGCGAUGUUGAAGAGGAGGCCCUCGUGGCGGAUUACCGCGAACAGGUCCAAUAUGAAGAUGGUAUGGAGGAGUUGGAACAGGUCAACUCCUUGACCAUGGCUCAACAAGCAGAUGAUAUCCAGUCUAGACUUGUCGCCGCUGCUCAACCUCUAGAUUUCUCUGCUCCUCUCGAGGUCAAGUUCCAGAGCUACGAUUCAUACUGCAAUUUAUUCCACUUCAUCCUCAACUCCGAUGGUCCUGUCGAUUUAGAACCUCCCUCGCACUACUGGGCUUGGGAUGUCAUCGACGAAUUUAUCUACCAAUUUAACUCCUUUUCCUCCUACCGACUAAGAAUCGCAAGGCAAGCAAGAGACAACGAAGAGGAAAGACAGAUCCUGCGCGAGAACCCGAACACCUGGGGCUGCUACAGUGUCCUCAAUGUUCUAUACUCCCUUAUCCAACGAUCUCAGAUCACCGAGCAACUCGCCGCCAUGAAGCGUAACGAGGACCCCGCUGCCGUUGCUGGAGAGUACGGUUCCAAGACCCUAUACCGAAUGCUCGGUUACUUCUCUAUUAUCGGAUUGCUGCGCGUUCAUUGCUUGCUUGGUGACUUCAGUCUCGCGCUUAAGACGCUCGACGACAUCGAACUCAACAAGAAAGCUAUGUUCGCCCGUGUUAUGGCCGCCCACUUCACAACCUACUACUACGUCGGUUUCUCCUACAUGAUGAUGCACCGAUAUGCCGAUGCCAUCCGCAUGUUCAGCCACAUCUUGGUUUACGUAUCGCGUACCAAGAACUUCCAAAAGAAUGCCCAAUACGAUUCCAUCACCAAGAAGAACGAUCAGAUGUAUGCUCUGAUUGCCAUCUGCGUGGCUUUCCAGCCCACUCGUCUCGACGACACCAUCCACACUGCCCUGAGGGAGAAGUAUGGCGACCAGCUACUUAAGCUGCAACGAGGUGGUCCGGAGUCGCUCCCCAUCUUCGAGGAGUUGUUCAAGGCUGCUUGCCCCAAGUUCAUCUCCCCAGUUCCCCCUGACUUUGAAAACCCUGAAGCCAACGUGGACCCAAUCGACCACCACCUCUCCGUUUUUAUGGAUGAAGUCAAGACCAACAUGUGGAACCCCACCGUCAAGUCCUACCUCCGCCUCUACACAACUAUGGAUCUUAAGAAGCUCGCUGGUUUCCUAGAGGUGCAACCCGAGGAAUUACGGUCUUGGCUCUUGGUCAACAAGCAGCGAACCAAGCAGCUGCGAUGGACCGAUCACGCUCUACUAGAAGGCGAAUGGGUCAACGUCAGUGACCUAGAUUAUGCCAUGCAAGGAGUAUGUGUACCCCGAGAAUACCCCUUUCGUCUGCCAGUUACCUAUAAGCCAAGCUUUUAUGUGUAACUGACAAGCUUUUUAUCGUAUGACUAUACUAACGGAAAUUUUGUAGGACCUCAUUCACAUCUCAGAAGC